AUGACUAGUUUUACAUGUGAAGAAACUUCUUCGUGUUCAAAUUUUCAAUCAGCUAUUUGUUUACAUUGUAAUCGUCGAUUAUGUCUUCAACAUAUUACUGAACACAAUAAAAUUAUUCCUAGUAGUAUGCAAAAUCUUUCACAUAAACUUGAAGCUACUUUUCAACAACUUAAUGAUAAAUAUGAAAAAAGUAGAAAUACAUAUAAUGAUCUAUUAACCUUAUUAAAACAAUGGCGAACACAAGAAACAGAAAAAAUUGAACAAAUCUAUAAAAAUAAGUUGCAAUGGAUUGAAUCUCAACAAGAAACUUUGAAUAUGCUACACCAAGAAUUAAUUGAAGUACUUGAUCGCAGUGCGCGACAGCAGUUAGCUCUUAUACAACCUCAUCAAGAUGUCAUUAUGAAAAGGCUUCAUCAUAUUCAUAGUACAAUUAAAAAUGUACAACAACAUAGUACACAACUAAAAUGGAACUUCUCAAAAUUGCCAUCACCAAUGAAUUUAGGACACUCUCUUCAAAAUUCUUCAUCUAUGCAAGUUCCAUUGAAAAUACCAAAAUCUAAUAUUCACGAACUACCUCGAAAAAGAAAAUUUUCGACUAAUUCUUCAUCCGGUAAUGCUAUAAAUCUACGAAAAUAUCGCUCGUUUAGACGACUUGUUGACAUGUUUGCUAAUAUAUCAUGUAUAGAACAAAGUAAGAAUGAUAUUGCCAACUAUCUUAAACAACAAGGUCCUCAUUUUCAGUUUCCUAUUCUUGUUUGUUCGUAUCUUACAGCUUGGCAUAGGAAAUCAGAAAUCAAUGACAAAACUAUCCUUCUAAAUGAACAUAUAUCAACUAUUAAAAAGCACAUAAAAAAUCGUCAUUCUGCUGAUGUUGUAUUAUUAGGUAUACAUGCAUUCUUUUUUAAUGAAACCAUUCAAGAAAAUAAGAGAGAAAUGAUGACAUUUUUAUUACAAUAUGUUGUCAAUCAUCAAUGUAUUAGUCCAAAUGAAAUACUCAAUUGGUAUGAGAAUACAGAUUUAUAUGAUUAUCCGGAUUUUGUCGAUGCUAAGCAAUUAAUCACUUCAGUUAUUAAAUCAUUUCGGACAAACAAUACAGUUACAAAUGUACAACCAAUUUCAGUCAAUCAAAAUCCAGUUCAACAAUCUGACACUAUUGAGAUUACACAAGAACCAGCUGCAUUAACUUGA